CAGCACAGCUGCAGGGCCUGAGCCGCUUCUUUCAGGACAACAAGCAGCGGCUGCAGGAUGCACUGGCCAAGGAUGUGGGCAAGUCAGCCUUCGAGUCAGACAUGAGUGAGAUCAUCCUGUGCCAGAAUGAGGUGGACCUGGCCCUCAAGAACCUGCAGACCUGGAUGAAGGACGAGUCUGUGUCCACCAACUUGCUCACAAAGCUGAGCUCAGCCUUCAUCCGGAAGGAGCCCUUUGGCGUGGUGCUUAUCAUUGCACCCUGGAAUUAUCCCUUGAACUUGUUGAUCAUGCCCCUAGUGGGGGCCAUCGCUGCAGGGAACUGUGUGGUGCUGAAGCCAUCAGAGAUAAGCAAGAACACAGAGACGGUGCUGGCCGAGCUGCUGCCCCAGUAUCUGGACCAGAGUUGUUUUGCUGUGGUGCUGGGCGGGCCUGAGGAGACUGGGCAGCUGCUGAACCACAAGUUUGACUACAUCUUCUUCACGGGGAGCCCUCAAAUAGGCAAGGUCGUCAUGGCUGCUGCUGCCAAACACCUGACGCCCAUCACCCUGGAGCUGGGGGGCAAGAACCCCUGCUAUGUGGACGAUGACUGCGACCCCCAGACUGUGGCCAACCGUGUGGCCUGGUUCCGCUACUUCAAUGCUGGCCAGACCUGUGUGGCCCCCGAUUACAUCCUGUGUAGCCAGGAGAUGCAGAAGCGGCUGGUACCUGCCCUGCAGAAUGCCAUCACACGUUUCUAUGGAGACAACCCACAGACCUCCCCCAGCCUGGGCAGAAUCAUCAACCAGAAACAUUUCAAGCGGCUCCAGGGCCUGCUGGGCUGUGGCCGCGUGGUCAUUGGUGGCCAGAGCGAUGAGGGAGAACGCUACAUUGCACCCACAGUGUUAGCAGACGUGCAGGAGUCAGAGCCCGUGAUGCAGGAGGAGAUCUUUGGGCCCAUCCUGCCCCUGGUGACCGUGAGAAGCCUGGAUGAGGCCAUCAACUUCAUUAACCAGCGGGACAAGCCGCUGGCCUUGUAUGCCUUCUCCAAUAACAGCCAGGUGGUGAACCAGAUGUUGGAACGUACCAGCAGUGGUGGCUUUGGGGGCAAUGAUGGUUUCCUCUACCUGACUCUACCUGCUCUGCCCCUGGGGGGAGUUGGCAACAGCGGGAUGGGCAGGUACCACGGCAAGUUUUCCUUCGACACCUUCUCCCACCAGCGUGCCUGUCUGCUGCGCAGCCCUGGGAUGGAAAAGCUUAACGACCUCCGCUACCCACCAUAUGGUCCCUGGAACCAGCAGUUUAUAAGCUGGGCCAUGGGCUCCCAGAGCUGCACCCUCCUAUGAACGCCACCCCCCCUCCUGCUGCCCAGACCCUGCCCUACCCAGCUUUCAGCUGCACUCACAUCCCCAGUGGUUCCGAAAGGCAGGUGACUGGCCCAGCCUGUGCACACCCCACCUCUGGA